AGUAAUUUAAUGAAGUGUCGUCAUGGUUAUUUUGAAAUGUCGAAUUUGACCUGCUGCAGAAAGAAACAUGUAUCGGGAGACCGAAAGGCAGAUUCGAACAUGGCCCAAUAUGGAAUCGAGUAUGGCAUUCAAAAGCAUUCUGAAGCUUGAUAUGCCAAUCACAAACGCGCCCAUGGCGAGGAGGCAAAGGAAAGCCAUUUCGUCCAUGUCUACCAACAGUGCCAACACCAGCGCUCUUUAGCAGGUAAAAAUGGUAAGUGCACAACUUUCAAGGCCAGUGGGGACCGUUUCAUUCCCACUAGGAAUAACAAACAGAUGGACUUGGGAAGCUUCCUGCUUUCAAAGGAAAAUGAGCCUAUGGCCACAAACCCCUCCACAGCAACAUCAGAGAACCAGAAGGCUUGGUCUGUCACUCAAUGGAUAUGACAUUGGUGAGGCAAAGAUCCUGCAUCUGGGAGGAAAACCCUUGAAUGCUCCAGAAGGUUACCAGAACACCCUGAAAGUCCUCUACAGUCAAGUUCCUAUCCCAGACUGUCCCAAAAAGACCAGAUGCAUAUCAUCUGUGUCCGACAGUUUCUUAGAAGCUUCUGAACUCCGAAAUGAUUUCUGUGUCUCCUGCCAACACACCACCACAAAUGUCUAAAAACCUGUCUGUUGAGAAGGUACAGAAGGACUUAUCCUAGAGAUUUGAACCUACUGGACUGGAGCAGUCGGAAUCUUUUAGCAGUUGCCCUUCACAACAGCCUACCUGUGGGACGCAGCCCAGAGUGACAGUCCUCGCGCUCCAUCUGCAAAGUUCAUUUGUGGGAUGUGGAGAACCAGAAGAGUCUACGCAGCAUGGCCAGCCACACUGCCAGAGUUACCAGCCUGAGUUGGAACGAUUAUAUUCUCUCCAGAGGCUCCAGAUCGGGUCACAUCCACCACCAUGUGAGGGUAGUCGACCACCUCGCCCUGUCUGGGCACUCUCAGGAUGUGUGUGGGCUGAAGUGGUCCCCUGACAGAAGAUACCUGGCCUCUGGAGGCAACGACAACCUGGUGUAUGUGUGGUCAGGUGUGCAGGAUGGUAGUGGCCAAGGCAACAGUUCUGUCCACUGCUUCAGUGAGCACCAAGGAGCAGUCAAGGCUUUGGCCUGGUGCCCAUGGGAACACAACAUUCUUGCUUCUGGAGGUGGCACCAGAGACUGCCACAUCCGCAUCUGGAACGUCAACUGUGGCUCCUGCAUCAAUGGUCUGGACACUCAGUCUCUGAUCUCCUCUUUGAUGUUUGCGCCAAACUACAAGGAAUUGGUCUCCAGCCUCGGAUAUUCCCACAACAACGUAGUCAUCUGGUAGUACCCCUCCUUGACUGAAGUGGCAGAGCUCAAUGGUUAGUGUCAAAUCAAAUUUUAUUGGUCACAUGCAGAUGUUCUGGCAAGGCUUGUCUGAAACUGCUAUUCAUUCACUAUGUGUAAACUUAACAGCUCUGUGCAGUUGUCAUUAAUGUCAGUUGACAAAGAGCAUUGUCUGACGCUGUAAGUCUAUCGUAGUCCAUCAUACUUCUCAAAUUCUCAGUGCAGCUCAAGCAAUUGCUCCAACUAUCAACCCAUUCAAAUUGAGGACUCGUACCAGAGCUGCAUUGGUUGGGAAUUGUGGGGAAGUCCGUAUUUGGGCUGUGUCUCUUGCAGAUGGUCUCGGAGCACACAUUUCAAACUAACCUUAGAUUUAUUCAGGUAUCGAAAGUUUAAAACAAACUUUAAACUGUUUUUAUUCACCCCAGGUCAUGAGGACAGACUGUUCGACUAGUGCCACUGUAGCUGGUGAUGAAAAUGUCUGGUCAAAAAGAAGGCAAAUGAAGUCCACUAGCAGCAUUAUACACACAGCUAUCCGAUAAUGGACUUCUGUAUUGUUUUAAGUUAUGGAUCGCCUCUGAAUUGUGUACUUUUUUUAUUAAUUGAAAAAUAUUUUCUUGCCUUUGAAUAUUUUUUUGCUGCCACUUGAUAAUGAUUAAUAUCUAGUGUUAUUGCAAAUACUGUUAGGGCACUCAAUGUUAUUUGUAACCUUUAACUAGGCAAGUCAGUUGAGUUCAAAACCCUUUUCAUUAUUUUCUAGAGUGCAUAAUAUUGGGCAUGUUGCUGACUCAGCACAGCUCCUAGAACUUCUCCAAUAGCUAUUGCAGGCAAAUUCAGGUAUGAGAAAUGUUCAGUGUCAAACAAUGAAUGCAAUUUACCAGACAUCCACUCUGAUUACCCUAUGCUGGAAAGCAACAGGUGAGGCCUGACCUGGAGGACCCUUAUCAAGAAUGCUGCUGUCUUGUGCCUCAAAUUAAUGACUGAGUUGGUCAGUGACAAACACCACCUCUUUGAAAGUAACUGUAUUUACAAGUGUGUUCCAGUCAAACCAGAAGAGUCCAUUUCAAGCCUGGGUUUGAGGUAUUAGUGACGUACAGUUAAAACACCAUGUUCCCUCAACUACCCACAAUUUAAAAGUGUGGCAAGUAGGGAAUAACUGCCAAGUCCAUAACGCCAUUCAUAUUCCACAAACUGCAGAUAAAUAUAAAGUGAUCAGUAGCUAAGAGUAUACUUUUUUUGGAAUCUUUGGCAUUUCAGGCUCCUUCAGACAGUUGUUUCCCCCUUCCAAAAGGACGAAACUAGACUUCCUUCACUUUGCCUAGUUGUUUAUGGCCGUUGACACGAUGUGCUGUCCCGUUGCUAUUCUCCAGCGGCUUGCUGUUGAUGACCACUGUAACGUCGCCGUUAAUAACGGCAUUCUGCUUUAGCUUCUCCAUAGUUGCUGUCGGCAGCCGUUUCCCCUUCACGUAGGCCUGAAUCCAGAAGUUGGAGAAUAGUAGGAAGAAGAAGGUGCCGUACAUCCAGAUAAGGUGAAUGAACAUGGGCACCUGAAAGUCACACUUCUCCAUGAAGUAGUACUGAGAGAUGUGAAGUGAGAUCAGCACAAACUGGAUCUAUAGAAGGAAGAACAUUUUGAUGUGAAGUUUGCACGGGAGUCACCAAUUCACAGCUAUCCACAAAUGCUCCCCUUUAACAUACUUUCUUCCAAUAGUACAUCAUUAAGAAAUAACACCCACCAGCUGGAUUGCGGUCAUGUACUUUUUCCACCAGAGGUAUUUUUGGAAGCGAGGUCCGGCAGCGGACAGGCCGUAGUAGGUGUACAUGAUGACGUGGACACAGCAGUUGACCAUGGCGUGGAACGAGCUCAUUCCCCCUGCUGGAGGUUCAAAGACAGUAUUAAAACAAACAAUCCGAGAGUAAUUAUUCAAUCACAGGGGAAUAACAAAAUAAAUAUGUUACUAAAUGGA